AUGCCUCCGAUCCGAACCUCCCGCAACCGCAAACCACCUCCGGCGGGGUUCGAUGACAUCGAGGACACACUGCUUGAGUUCAGUAAUAAGAUGAAAGACGCAGAGAAUGCGCCGCAUGAUGGCAAGAGGAAACAUGAGAUGCUGUGGCCAAUCUUUCAAAUAACCCAUCAACGCUCAAGAUAUAUCUACGAUUUAUAUUACGAAAAGGAAGCUAUAUCAAAGCCAUUAUAUGACUGGCUUCUCAAGAAUAACUAUGCGGAUGCUAACUUAAUUGCUAAAUGGAAGAAGCAAGGUUACGAAAAGCUUUGUUGUCUCCGUUGCAUUCAGACCAAGGAAACGAAUUUUAAUGCCACGUGUAUUUGCCGCGUUCCAAAGGCUCAACUAAAAGAGAAUCAAAUGAUGCAAUGCGUUAGUUGUGGAUGUCGAGGUUGUGCCAGUAGCGAUUAG